CGGAGAGUUCCACCCUCCGCUGGCUCUAACUUUGGAGGAGAUCCGACACCGAGCCUAUAUUUGGGAGAAGGAAAGCAGGAAAACCGAUCUGCCGCCACCGAGGAUUUACCGAGAGGAUAUAAACCGGAGGAGCUGACGAUUCGGAGUUCCGUCACCGGGAUUUGUUUUCCAGACGGACGUCAGCGGAGCGUGAGAUCACAAUGAGGCUCUGAGCACAAAAGGCCGCGAGGAAGGAGGACAAAAGACGAAGGAUUCCUGAGGAGGAGGCGGCGGCUUGAAAGGAGGGAUUUGUAUGCUCCCCUCCACCACUCGGACAUCCUCCUUUUUUAUUUUCCACCGCUGACAGAAGAAUGCCGGGUGAAGUGAGGCUGCCCAGGACUAGAGCGCUGCUGCUGGGGCUGCUGCUGGCGGCGGCGGCCUGCAGCGGCGUGGAGGUGGACCUGCUGGGAGACAUGGUGUUCGUGGAGGCCGACGACCGGCUGGGCGGAGAGCUGGAGGCCUCCAUGACCUCCUCGCUGCUCGGGGAGUUCCAGGAGGCCGAGGGGAUCCGGCCGAUGGAGGCGGCCGACGUGGCGACGGCCCGGCAGAACCCGUCGACGCCGACCGCCUUCCCGGACUCCUCGGCGGUGGUGGGGAGGAUCUUCCAGAUGAAGGUACCCAACAAGAUGGAGGACGUUCUGCUGGGCGACAUCGUCAAGAUCACGGAGAUGGGGAAGGACUCCCUCCCCUCCUGGCUCCACUGGGACGCCGGCAGCCGGAUCCUUCAGGGCCUCCCCCUGGACGAGGACAAGGGCGUGCACUACAUCUCCGUCUCCAUCUCCAACCACACCAAGUCCUCGUCCUCCUCGGAGGUCUUCUCCAUUGAGGUGCACCCCGAGGACCACCCGGACGUGGACUCGGCCCAGACGGCGUCCAACCAGGCGUCGGCCGAGGACGACGUCCAGCCCUUCAUGUGCGCCAACGAGGAGCCGGUGACGGUGCUGACGGUGAUCCUGGACGCCGACCUCACCAAGAUGAGCUCCGAGCAGCGGGUGGAGCUGCUGGACAGCAUGAGGAGCUUCUCCGGCGUCGAGCUGCAGCACAUGAAGAUCCUCCCGGUGGUCAACAACCGACUGUUCGACAUGUCUGCCUUCAUGGCCGGGCCUGGGAACGCCAAGAAGGUGGUGGAGAACGGUGCUCUGUUGUCCUGGAAGCUCGGCUGCUCGCUGGACCAAAGCACCGUCCCAAACAUCAACAGCGUCCAGGGUCCUGCAAAGGAAGGCGCCAUGUCGGCCAUGCUGGGAUACCCAGUGGUGGGCUGGCACAUCGCCAACAAGAAACCCCACGUCCCGAAGCGGGUCAGACGGCAGUUAAACAACACCCCGACGCCUGUUCUGGCGGUGCUUCCUCCAACAACUGUGGUGGAGCCGCCGGGGAGGAUCAUCCCGACCCUCUCCUCACCUUCUAUCGCUGCACCAACCGAAAGCUCCGCUCCCCCUGUACGAGGCCCGGUACCCCUUCCAGGCAAGCCUACCAUCAGAGUCCGGGACCCGAUUGCCCACACCCCAACCCUGGGACCUCCCCAACCAACAAAGGUGUUGGAGAGCACCAGCACGAUUCCCAUCCAGCCCACCAUGACCAGGCCAACAUAUGUGGAAGCCACCGCCACGCCACCCUCACCAACCAGAAGGCCCACCAAGAAACCCAAGAGACCCAAAACUACACCGGUGUCCAGAGAACCAAAGACCUCCACAGCCAAGCCGCCAAGGCGCACGACACCAGCACCUGGUUUGGUACCGGAUCCGUACAACGAGAAGCCUGUCCUGAGGAACCCCAUCGAUCAGGUCAACGCGCUGGUGGGAACUUAUUUCGAGGUCAAGAUCCCUUCGGAUACCUUCUUCGAUAAGGAGGAUGGAACUACAGAUAAGCUGCGUCUGACCCUGAGACACAAUCACAAUGAGGUGGUUGCAGACGGAUCGUGGAUCCAGUUCAACACCACCAGCCAGCUCCUCUAUGGCCUGCCUGAUGUCGAUCAUGUUGGAAAACAUGAGUACUUCAUGCAGGCGACCGACAAAGGUGGCCUGAAUGUAUUUGAUGCUAUCGAGGUCCAUGUGAACCGCUGGCCAGCGAAUGACAAAACCCCUGUGAUAUUCAGAGCCCGGUUCGACGGCGAGCCACGUUUGGUUACAAGCGACAUCCACAAGAAGAUCCUCCUGGUGAAAAAGCUGGCCUACGCACUGGGCGACCGCAACAGCAGCACCGUGAGCCUACGCAACAUCACCAAAGGAUCUAUUGUGGUUGAGUGGACCAACACCAGCCUCCCACAGCAUCCGUGUCCGAAGGAACAGCUGCAAAUUAUGAGCAGGACACUCGCAGAUGCUGAUGGAAGACCUUCUCAGACCUUCAGGUACUCCAUGGAGCCUGAGUUCAGGCCACUGGGCGUCAGUGUGAAGGGUCGUGCGAGCUGCAGAGCGUAUUCCUUCAUCCCACCAGAGGAGAUCAACAUACCAGAACCUCCGGCGGUCACUCCGGGUCUGGGAUCGAGCAGACACAGCACAGAUGACGUCUACCUCCACACGGUGAUACCUGCUGUGGUGGUGGCUGCGAUCCUGUUAAUAGCAGGAAUCAUCGCGAUGAUCUGCUACAGAAAGAAGCGAAAGGGCAAGCUGACCAUCGAGGACCAGGCCACCUUCAUCAAGAAGGGCGUGCCGAUUAUCUUUGCGGACGAACUUGAUGACUCAAAGCCGCCUCCUUCCUCCAGCAUGCCCCUGAUUCUGCAGGAAGAGAAACCCCCUCUUCCACCUCCAGAGUACCCCAACAUGGCCACGCCGGAGACCACCCCCCUGAACCAGGAGCUGCUGGGGGAGUACACGGCCCUACGAGACGAGGACCCUAACGCGCCUCCCUACCAGCCACCACCUCCCUUCACCACUCCCAUGGAGGGCAAAGGUUCCCGUCCCAAGAACAUGACUCCCUACAGAUCUCCACCUCCCUACGUGCCGCCCUAAGACUUGUUUACCCCUCUGCUGGUCAGGCGGAGGGUGAGGACGCCUGAGGAACUGUUUCCAUUCUGGUGUUUUGUCUGUCUGGACAUUUAAAGGGAGCGACAACAAGAGGUGCUAAAGUACAACACAGUUACAGGGGACUUUGGUUUGGGAUGGGGAGUCAUGAAUUGGGAUGGGACGAUCGAUCGACACAGCUGGGAGGGACUACUGUUUCAGCGGUAGCCCAGCGACUACAGUGGCCUAAGACAAACAAAUUCUCGUCACACUGGCUUUCGGUUUGACCGGUUGGUCAGAAGCGACAGUUGGGAGAUGAGCUCUCCCUUCCCAGCAUUUCAUUUUUCUCUCAGUUGAUUUUGAUUUUUUUUUUUUGUCCUUUCCAUCUUUACCCCGAGAUUGUUAGCUUUUUUCCCCCGAUUUUUCUCUGGACUGAAGCCUAACAACUCUUCUUCUGUCUUGCUUUUGAAUAAUCCAGUGAACUGUCAUCAGACCACUGCAGGCAGCAGUUUUUAAAAGUGAGAUCCCUUCGAAUACAAGAAAAAGCUACUAUCGCACGGAUCUCCAAUCACCCCUGCAGACGACACAAGAGAAUGGGCGGUGGAGUUGUGUGAAUGAGUGAGUGUGUUUAUUCAGAUUCAAUACGGUUUGCCUUUUAACACUUGUUGUCUGUUUCUAUCCUUAUUCACAAUGUCUAGUAAAGCUGAGAAUAACAAGGUAGCCUAAAAAAAAGAUUUAGAGAUGAAUAAUAAAUAUUUUGUUUGUUUCAUUGGUUUUAAAAUUCACUGUAUAUCUGGAUGACGUUCUGAUAGAUUGUUAUAUUUUUUUGGUGGUGGAAGAAAUCGGGGUGGGGGGGGGACUGCCUCGCUAAAAUAACCUGCGGGAGGUUUUUAUUCCUGUUUUACAUGAACAUUAAAUCACAGCACAUCGGAUGGACCUUCUGUUACAUCAGCAGACAUAAGCAGCAAGAAAACUACUGUUUUUAUUACCAGAUAAAGUUUGAUUUGGAUGCAAACUGUAUAGCUUAGAUGAAUUUCAGUUCAUUUGAUUUGAUUUCGGUUCGGAUGGAUGCUUGCGGUUCACACAUCUACAGUGAAAAACCAGGUUUCUACACGCACACGGCAGGAAGAACACCCCUGCAGUUUAUUUUGGACCAGGGAUAAUUAUUUUUUUAUGUAACGAGGCAGUUCGUCUCUCCAGUCUGACACAUUGUGUGCCAUGGAGACUGUAUGUACAGAUGUUCACGUUUUAGAGGUCACUGAGGAGAGGAUCGCGGAUGAGAUGGCGACAGAGAUUCGGAUGGAAAAAAAUGAGUUUCCAAUAAUUACAGUGUAUAACAGAAGUGAGGACAUCUUUGUGUAAUGUCACUGAAGUGUCAAAUGAUUCAAAAUCCUCAAAUGUUUAGAUUUACUGUAUUCAAAAUUCAAGCCCCACAGAAGGAACUUAAUGCAACCUUUAAUUACGGAGAUUAAAAUAUUUUAUUAGUGUGUCCACCUUUGUUUUUGAUGACUUUUGAAAAUGUCUUUUGUACUCAUCCAUCUCCGUGCUCCACUGUCAGGACUAUGCAUUCACUGUGGUAGUCCUGACUUGGAGAGACGCAAAAUGUACACAAAGACAUAAAAUAUACACAAAGAGAUAAAAAAAAUUAGCACAAGGAGAGACGAAACUACCACCGAAACCAACAAAAGCCGUCCGUACUUCACUGUCAGGACUAUGCAUUCACUGUGGUAGUGCUGGUCAGGUUAGACUCCAUCUGAGUCCAACUAAUUUACCUUCAUCUGACCAAAUAGUUUGCUUCUAACAUGCAUCAGGCUUAUUUUAUUGUUCUUUAGCAGAGUUUCAUUUUGCAGUUUUGUGCCAAAGGAGAAGCAAAGGUUUUGUUUCUUGUCCUCCGUCCACAGAGGUUGAUGUUCUGAAGUGUCCUGAGCUUCACACCAACUCUGGUUUUCAUUGAUAACUCCUGUGCCAAGUCUGAAGCAGUCUGUUUUUUACUGCUAGAUUGUAAAAGUAGUUCAGUGUAGGUGAGGUUAUUUCAGGAGGAUGACUGCUGCAGUCAUGAUUAGUGGUACUGUGACUCCUUCUGUACCUCCUGAUCACUCCUAUAACUCUGGUUCAUCACUGAUUUGUAGUUCCUUAGAUCCUUUUCCAUCUUUGUGAAGUCUUACAGUGAGAGUUUUCACUUGCUCUGUUCAACUCUUUUCCACUUGGAGCCAUGAUGCUGACAUAAACAGUCCACAGGUCCAAAACUAGUAUGUUCUGCUGUUCAGAGCUCAUUUUAGAACCAUGUUCAUGCAGGUGGACUCACUUUUGUUUCGGGGUCUGAUUUUCAGUAGUCUUUCUAAAGUUUAUUAUUAUUAUUGUUUAUGCGAGCAAAGCUUCAACUGUUCAACUGAAAAUGAAUGCAGUUGUUCUGCAGGUGGUACAAGUGUGAAUCAUUAAAUAUUUAAAGUGACAUUGCACCGGGAUGUAUUUACUUCUGCUGUAUAUUGUAGCUCGAUGAAAAUCUCCUUCUAAUUUUUUUACAAAGUUUUUGAUACAGCCUCAAAUUGUUUGAUUAUUACAAUAAAACACGAUUAAUGAUUAGUCUUCUGUGAUUUGUAAAAUUUUAGCCUAGAUUAUGAUUCAAUUAUGUAUUCUUUUUGGGUUUUAUUUUCUGUUUGUCAUGGGUCACAUGUUUCCAGUGUUUUAUUUUACUGUGUGUGUUUGCAUUUACAAAUGUAUCUCCCACCAUACAAAGAUGGAACGACCCAUACUUUAUGUAAUCACUGAUUUUAUUUUCAUGUCCUUUUACGUUUGCUGAUGAGUUUCAACUUGAAAGUGACCCUUUGCAAUAAUAAUGUAACGGCGCGGUCCGCUCAGCGACCGGCCGAUGCAGGCUCAAGCGAGUGACUCGUAUUGUCAUAAUAUUGUUGGUUUUUGCAGGAUGCCAAGGCUUUUUUGCUUAUCGAGUGUGCAUUGUAAUAAUAAAACCAACUGGUACCUUAAAACAGCAGAAUCCCCAUCCCGUCUUCAUUCAUGUCUGAUUUGACUUCCUGGUUCCGCCGGGAGUUCCCUCAUCCUGUCAUAGUCGCCGAUCAAACCCCGGCUGAUGUUUAUGGAUGAGGUUUUUGGUCACUGUCACUUUUCUACUGCUCCCACUUAGCCUUGAAUUGAUAAAUCAAUCUGUCCGAGGUCCACGAGAGGUUUUACCUCCGCCGACGGCUUGCUGCCUAGCAACCGUCUCCGGUGUCCUUUGGAACGGUUGCACUGCUGUCCUUUUUGUACUAAAUUAUUCUGCUAUUGAAUGACUAGUUGGACGAUUCAGUUUGAAAGCUCUGCCCAUUAAAAAGUCUACGCUGUGAAAACA